UUUUUAGUCAAUUUUGAUGUUGUGUAGUCGCAAAGACAAAUUAAUUAAUAUGUGUGCUUAAAUUUCAAUUAAUAUUACGUGAAGACGCACGCUUGCGCGUUAAACUCGUGUUACGCUGUACGGAACUGAACGGCACUUGACGCGCCCCCAAAUUUAGCUCAAAGAAAUUUUUUGCAAUCACAUAAUGCGUAGCAUAAACACGAGCUGAGAAAAUCUUGCAGCUCAAAACCUCAAAUAAUUGCACCUGGUCACACUACAAAAACCAAAAAGAAAAAAGUUAAUUUUUUGUAAAUUAAAUAACAAAGAAACGUAACAAUUAGCCAAAAAAAAUGAUGUUGAACAAAUACGAAAUAUAUCAACGCACAAACAACAUGUUCCAACAACAACAAUUACAACAUCAGCAGUUACAACAACAACAUCAGCAGCAGCAAACAUCGCUGCAUACACAGCACCAGCUCUCCCACUCGCACUCGCACGCCAUAUCCUAUAUUGACAGCGCUGCCAGCAGCAACGCCGGCAGCACUGCAGCAGAACUGGCCGCCAUGUUGGCCGCUAGCAAAGCAGAAAAGGAGUCCAUACAUUCGGGUCAAUUUAUGGUCUCACACUUUGAGGCAGAGGAGGCGCAGGAUGAUCUAGAAGAUGACGGCGAGGUGAAGAUGUUGGAUCCCGAGGAUCCCAGUCUCGAUAAGCCGGGCAUAGCGACGAACACGUGCCGCGACGUUCAACUGUAUGUGCCCCAAACUGUGGUUCAUUUUCCGCACAUGGAUCUGGAUCGCGAAUGCGAUGAGAAUAGCAUGGGCAUGAGCAUCACCUCCCAUCUCGAGAUUGAGACGUCGCUAACCAAGCUCUUCAAAUGCAUGAAUCUGGCAUACAGCCAAAAACUGACAUCUCCCAAAUGGAAUCAUUUUAAAGGCGUUCGUUUGCGCUGGAAGGACAAAAUACGACUCAAUAAUGUCAUCUGGCGUUGCUGGCAUAUGCAAUUUAUACAAAAGCGCAGAACACCGGUGUGUCAAUUCGCAUCGCCGCUGGACGUUGACAUACACAGUAAUCCUCAAACCGUUGUGCUUGAGGGAAAAUAUUGGAAACGUCAUGCAGCUGUUAUCAAAGCCGAAUAUAGAAAAUGGCGCAAAAAUUAUAAAUCAAAAGCAACUGGCUGCUUGACUUAUGAUUCGAAAAGUGAAUUGGACUUUUUGGAAUGGUCUCCGCUGAACGAUAGAAACUUAAUGCCAGACGACUGGACAACGGAUACAUUGUUCUCGGCAAUAAAUGGACCAUUUCCAUUUCCAGAUUCUAGAGAGAUCGCACGCGGUGCAGGCAUUGCGGAUUUUAUACAGCCAAGUCUGGGGCCGUUGCAACCGAAUUUAGAUGAUAUCGAUAUUACCUUCUCAGAUUUGCUCACCACAACCGGCUCACGCUUGCCACCCGUGCCCGAGGAGGGAACCGAUGCGGAGAUGCUCAAGAACGACGACUAUUGCCUGCAGGCAAUCGUAGGUGCUCCGCACACGCUCUACACCAGCGACAACAUGAUGGAGGUGGUGGCCGGUAGCAGUGGCGGCAAUGCUCAAGUGGAUGCCAAUAUGCUGGAGCUGAAUACGCCCAUUAGCAGCAUGCCCUAUGGCGACAUUGAGCAGCAGUUUGUGUCGGCGCGACAGCAGACAGUCAGCGAUACGCAGCAGCAACAUUUGCUCAACGAUGGCCAAUCGACGCGUCUGCAUGCGGCCAAGCAUUUUGGCGCCAUGGGCGGAAGUGAUAGCAGCAAUCGUUGCUCCCCCAACGACAGCUUCUCCAGCAAGAGCGUCAUCAAUGGACGCAUUGCCAAGAAUACGCAGCGUCUUAUACGACGCGAGCCGCACAACUAUGAUAAGGCGCAGCCGACGCUGCAUCAGACGAACAUCUAUCAGCAGAUGCUGGCCGAGCAGCAGAAGAAUCAACAGCAGCAACAGCAGCAGCAGCACUUGAGCGGUGGUGCUGUAUUGCAGCCGUUUCAGACAUCCCAAGAGCAACAACAGCAACUGUUGCAGCAACAGCAACAGCAGCAACAGCCGCGCUUGAUCUUUCCCACACAGCAACAGCAACAAAACGCUUACAACACGCAAAGUUUCUUAAGUACCUAUGCAGAUAGUUAUCCGCAGCAACAGCAACAGCAACAGUUGCCAACACAGCAGCAACAGCAGCUUAGCGUCAAGGUGGAGCCACAUCAAACUGAUGUUAUGUCUUUGCUGAACGACGGCGCCUACAACUCAAUCAGCUACAAGCCGUAUCCGCAGUUUAAGAAGUCCGCAUCCACGGGCACGUUUUUGAACGUGCCGCGAGUCUCGCAGCAGCAACAGCCGCAGCAACAAAAUUACAUGCAACAGGAGCAACAGCAGCAGCAGCUGCAGAUGCAACAGUCGCUGCCUUUGAGCCUAAGUCCGCAACAGAUCAUGCAGCUGACACGCCAGCAACAGGCCUCGAACACACAGCAACAGCAGCAACAGCAGCACUUGCAGCUGCAACAACAAACUGUAUCGAGUCUGCUGCUGCCACAGCAACCAGCUGUCAGCGUUGCCUCCUGGGCCACGCCCAAUCAAACCACCAUCUUGCCCAAGGAGAUGCAUCGCUCCAAUAGUCUGCCACUAAAUGUGUCGCUGCCCAAGCUCAUUCAUCACGAUCAGCAGCAGCAGCAGCAGCAGCAACAGCAACAGCAACAGCAACAGUUCGCCAUGCCCAAGUAUCAUGUGAAGGGCAAAUCCCGUGUGCGCAGCAAUUCUAUGCAUCAACAGCAUACAGUUGUUGCUGCCGGCGGUGGCUCACCCGUCAACAACGGACACGCCAGCAGCAGCACCAGCAACUUGCUGAUCACACAACAGAUGCAACAGGCAACCAGCGAUCCAAUGCUCAACAGCACCCUCGCCCAGCUGCUGACCUCAAAUACACGCCUGCAGGCAGCCGUGGCCAGCAAAACGCAACAGUCAAAUUCUUCCCCCAAUGCCAUAGUCAGCAACAGCAACAGCAACAGCAACAACAAUAGCAACAACAGUCAGCAGCAGCAGCAACAGCAGCAACCGCUCUAUGUGAACAAUGCAGCAACAUCGCCGCUUUCAGUGCCGGUGCCAACGCAACAACAUUCACCAAAGAAGUCCGCAUCGUUGCCACUGUCGAUAGCUGCACCCUCGUUGCACAGUCCGCCUAUUGCGAAGAUGCUCAGCUUUGGGGGUCAGGGCAAUAAUCCCAAUUUGGGCAGCAACUUGAGCCUGUCGCCGGACUCGCCGUUCCAUGAUUCGCAGGACUCGCCGCUAUCGCCGACGACCAGCCUGAAGUAUCAGCCACGCGAUACGCAACGUCGCGCCGGUCACAUUCAUGCAGAGCAGAAGCGUCGCUAUAAUAUCAAAAAUGGUUUUGAUACGCUGCACGCGCUCAUCCCGCAGCUGCAACAGAACCCGAAUGCCAAGCUAAGCAAAGCGGCGAUGCUGCAAAAGGGCGCCGAUCACAUCAAACAGCUGCGGCAGGAGCGCAAUGUGCUCAAGGAUAAAAUCGAAGCGUUACGCAUGGAGCGCGAUGCACUGAACAACUCCCUCAUGCAUCUGCACUCGGUGCUGCCGGCGAAUGGAGCGCCUGUGACACGGCAGGGCACAGAGCAUGUGCGUCAGCUAUACGAGGUCUAUGUACGCUACAAUACGAUGAACGAUUGGAAAUUUUGGAUUCUGGGUCUCAUUCUGGAACCCUUGUUGGCCUCGUACACCUCGACCGUUUCCAGCGCCAGUUUGGAUGAGCUGCGCCGCACCGCUUUCCUCUGGGUGGAUCAACACUGUUCGCUUAUAGAUCUGCGACCUGCUGUUACGAACAAAUUAAAGUACCUAUCGAUGCAUACGGAUAUUGUUUCGGAGCCGCCCAGCACCUUGCAGGAGGAAGUGGCCAAGGCUCUGCAGAACACCAGCGGACAGCAUCCCAAUCUGCAUGGCUCCUAACCGUUGUUGCUGCUCGUGAUAUGAAUUUAACCCAAUUGCUACAACAAAUCCAAUGUCAAUGCAAAAUGUUCGCCCCGUUGGCAGCCGCUACGUUCCACAGUCAGCAGCUAUAAAUUGUACAAAUUGCCUCAUGCUGAGGCAGAUUCAUUAUAUAUAUAAAUAUAUAUGUGUGUGUAUGCAACGGAUGCCACAACAGCAAUCAGUAGAUGCAGAACCAGAAGCAGCUGCAGCUUCAGCUGCAACGGCAGUUGGCGCUAAGCUAAGCAGCGUGUAGUGCCUACAAUUCUAUGACUUAAGUGUAAAAUAAACGAUUUUACAAUUU